AUGAAAAACAUUGAAGCCAAAAGAUCUGAAAAACAUUUUGAAGAGAGUCUUAAAAAAAAAACGAUAAAAACUCAUGGAUCAGAGAACGUCGAAGAAAUCCCAAGCGUCACAGGAAAAAUUUUUAUAUUUGGUUCAAAUGAAAUUGGACAGCUGGGCUUCGAUCCUGAAGCUAUUGGCACGGUCAAAAGACCAAGGGUACUGGAAUCUCUAGGCAAAAACAUAGUUGCAAUAUCUAUAUCAAGUUUACAUAAUGUUGCUAUAGAUAAUCAAGGAAAGGCAUACAGUUGGGGCUGCAAUGAUGAAGGUGCUUUAGGUAGAAAUACAGACAAAAUAGAUGAAUUCACUCCUGCCCAGGUUGAAGGAGUAGACGAUGUUUAUCCGGUAAAUUGUAAAAAAUUAGCCGAAUUAGUUUUCAUUCAUUCCAUGCGAUAUUAG